AUGGCCCCCCCACGUACCGAAGUGGUACAACAUGUAGCUUCAAACGGCUACGAAUCGCCUGACGAGAACAACCUGCCCUUUUUAUUCAGUGUCCCCCCUCCCACCAAACCGGCCAGCACGUCACCUGUUACUGAUGCUGCCCCCAAACAAUCUGGCUCUGCUCACGAGUCGUCUGAAGCUGUUGCAAGGGGUGCACCGACCUCGUCGUCCGGCCCAAGGUCCCGCCCAGCGCUUGCACCUUCUCAUGGCUCUAGUCUCAACGGGAUACUAGCAACCGCUGCGACGAAGCCAAAUGGCAAGGUCAGCCUUCGAGAUCGAAUCGCAUGUCAUCAGUGGACAUGGUUCGCCAUGACAAUGGCUACCGGUGGCAUCGCUAGCGUUCUGCACUCGCUGUCAUAUCGUAGCGCUUGGCUGGACGGAGUUGGCAUUGCCUUUUUCAUAUUCAACAUUCUCCUCUUCAUGACAAAUUGUGGUCUUCUCUUGGCCCGCUUCCGUCUGCGACCAGGCUCUUUCAUGAACUCAUUUACUGAUCAGAUGGAGUCUCUAUUUAUACCAUCAUUUGUGGUUCCCCACACCGGCCCUUGGUUACUUCGAACCAUGGAGGUCAUGUUCUGGAUCAACCUAGCACUCAGUGUCAUGGUUAGUGCUACUAUCUACCUGAUUCUCUGGUCCACCUUAAUUUUCCCUAUUCACAUGAUGACACCGGUCUGGGUGUUUCCGGCUUACCCAUUGCUUCUCAACGCCCCCUUCGCUGGAAAUCUCAUUGCUUCUGCCGUGUCGUCGGGCCAAGGGCUCACCGUCAACACAACAGCCGUUGCACUUAGCGCCAUUGCGGCGCAAGGAGCAGGUUGUCUCAUCGCUUUCAUGAUUUCAUCGGCCUUCAUCUACAGAUUGAUGACCCAGAAACUGCCCAGAGAUGCGCAGCGGCCUGGUGUCUUCAUCUCGAUCGGACCAUACGCUUUUACUGUUGCAGGGAUUGUUCAGAUAUCAAGUCAAGCAGAGGUGGUGUUGCCUGAGAACUUUAUGGGCACUGAUUUAGCUGUGCCGAUAGUCAAAAUCAUGGCUGUCAUGAUUGGCCUUUGGCUGUGGGGUCUUUCUAUGUGGUUCUUCCUCGUGUCGCACACAAGCGAAACACACGAUCAGAGACCACCGCUUCAACUUGUCUCACGGAUACUGAGAAGAGAAUUCGAGUCGCAGUUCACUCGGUCGAUAGGCAUGUCGUGGGACUCAAAGUCGGCGCAGCAUCGCCGCCAAAAGAGCUCCGUUUCUCAGAAGAACCUCCCUCUUCUCACACGACAGCAGGCGAAGCCCGCGUUCCGGCCCAAAUCUAGCCACGUCGAGGACAGCUUCCUACAAGACUUUCUCGACCCAUCGUUCGACCCGGCUGUCUUUCUCAACACCACUCUGCCCUCGCUCCAGCAUGGCUCGACCUCCAAAGGUGCCGACCGGGCGGUACCCCUCGCCGACCUUUCAAAUGAGACGCAGACGCUGCUCUCGCAACUCAAUGCACACACGGCCCGCCUAUCGACCACGCUCACCCAGCUGACAGACGAUAUUCUUCGGAGCGGAAGCCGUCUCGCCUACCAGGUCGAGCUCCUCCGCGGCGAAACGCUCAGCUUCGCCGAGACGAUGAAUGAGAGGCUCCAGCCCGACAUUCAAAAGUUCCUGCCCGAAGGCCUACCCGACGCAAGCAAGGAGGGCGCAGACGUGAAAAGACGUCCUUCGGCCGCCUCGACGACGCCCACUGCCGCCGCCGCCUCGGUCGCGACGCCCGCGCCUGACGAGGAAGCAUCCGUGAGCGCAGAGGCGGCGUCGCUCCCCAACGAGCCUACGCACGUGAAGCAGCUGCGGACGCUGACGCUCGUGCGGUCGCGGCUGGAUUCCGUCAUCAAGACGUUUGGUGACGCGAUGGAGUUUGUCUUUCCGCCGUCCGAGCUCUCUGCGGCAUCGGGCUUCUUGUCUGUCUCAGCGCCGGAGCCUGGCACGGGAAGUUUCAGCAGCGGGGCCGGGGAGCAGCAGAAUACGGAGGAGAAGGGCCAACAGGUGCUCAAGAAGCUGCGGGAGGAGGUUGCUGACCUUCUCAAGGGAGAUGACGCCAUUGCUGGUAUCGAGAAGGCGGCAGAGCGAGUUGAGGAGCUGAAGGAGUUGACGAUGGUGUGGAAGGGUACGGCGGAAGAGAAUGGACGUGUCAGGUUCAUCGAGGGACUGGCGAAGAUGGUGGAGGAGCGACACCGGGAGCUGUUGAGGGAGGCAGAGGACACUGCAAAAAGGGAGACCGGUGAGGGGAACAGGCCGAGGAAGGGAAGUGUGAAGGCCAAGGCAGAGGAGGCGAAGACGAUCCUCGGAGGGUACGGCUUGAUGAGCCAGCUCCAAAAACUGCGAAGCGGACUGUAG